AACAAAGAAUCCACAUCAGCUAUUCCUUAUGGGCCAUAAAUUCACAGAAAAAAUCUCCUCAUUUCUAUUUGAAUAUGACACCCCAAGGAUGGUUUUGGUACACAACAAGAAGGUGGGCUUAACCUUCCGACUGAUCCAACUGGUGGUCCUUACCUACAUCAUUGGGUGGGUAUUCCUGUACGAGAAAGGCUACCAGUCUAAGGAUGGCAUCAUAAACUCUGUCUCAGUGAAGCUCAAAGGCAUCGCAGUUACAAACAUUAGUGGCAUGGGUCCAUACUUAUGGGAUGUGGCAGACUAUGUUUUCCCUCCUCAGGGAGACAGUUCCUUUGUGGUGAUGACUAACUUUAUUAUCACCCGUGGGCAGAAACAGGAAACAUGUCCAGGGCAUCCUGAGUCUGAGAAGUGUAACAAUGACAGUACUUGUAAGAAAGGAGAGUUUCUUCGCCGAGGUCAAGGAAUCAUGACUGGGAAAUGUGUGGAUUUUAGCCAUACACAGAAGACCUGUGAGAUAUUUGGCUGGUGCCCUGUUGAAAUUGAUGACAACAUUCCCAAUCCACCAUUGCUUCUGGAAGCUGGAAAGUUUACUUUGUUUAUAAAAAACAGCAUCACUUUCCCCAAAUUUGGAGUUUCCAGACGCAAUCUUGUCGAGCAAAUUAGUGAACGCUACCUGAAAAAAUGUGUUUAUCACAAAGACAAGGAUCCACUGUGCCCUGUGUUUAAACUUGGAUAUAUGGUGGAAGAAUCUGGACAGAAUUUUUCUCAAGUUGCUUUUAAGGGUGGCAUUGUUGGAAUCACCAUAAAUUGGGACUGUGACUUUGAUUGGCCUCUGAAAUACUGUGUACCUGUUUACAAGUUCCAUAGGCUUUACAGUGAAAACAGUAACGUCUCGCCAGGCUAUAAUUUCAGAUAUGCCAGAUAUUACAGAGAAAAUGGGAGAGACAUGAGGAUUCUGUACAAGGUGUUUGGCAUCCGGUUUGAUAUCUUGGUGAAUGGGAAGGCAGGAAAAUUUGAUAUUAUUCCAACAAUGACUACUAUAGGUUCUGGGAUUGGUAUCUUUGGAGUGGCCUCUGUACUUUGUGAUCUGCUUCUGUUAAAUUUCCUAUCUAAUCGGGACUACUAUAAGCAGAAGAAGUUCAAGUAUGUGGAGCGGAAUUCUAUCAAUUCUGAAAAAGAAGACAUUGACAUGAGCAACUCACAAGGGAAGAAAAAGAGUUCUCUAUGAAAUUGUGUCAAGAGUUCCAACCUUUUAUCAUCUUCCUUCCUUUCUGAUUUGUGGCAAAGGUGGGAUUUGAUCAACCUUGUUCCCUUACACUCUGGACUGACUUCCUGAGGUCCUGUUUUAAAGAAUCAUUCAAUGCUUUCAGCACAGAGACACUGGACCCACCACACAAGGAAUGUGGUUUUAAAUUCACUCGGUCUGGAACACUUCACACUUCAGUUAUGUUUUUACCACAAGGUGGAAGGUGUUGCAAUUGUGUCAGUCUGUGGGAAUCCAAGGGCACAGGAAACAGAAACUGUACAUAAUGGUUUGCUAUCUUGUAAAUCUGGACAAAUUAUAAUGCCAUGUUUUUAUCAGGUAUUUGUGAGCUGCCUCAAACCUGCCAGGGACUACUAAGCUGCUGUGGUUACUUGAAACUAGGCAGCCCUGCGGAAGGGCUGUGUCGACUUUUGUCAGAUGAAAAUGCUACCCAAAUUCCCAGACUAUAAUUCCCAGAAUUCCCCAGGGAGUUACAAUAGAAGAAUCUUGCCACCUGGCCAUUUGUACAUACUUUAGCUGGCAGGAUCAAAGUGCUUGUGAGCUUAAUGGCACAACUGAAGGCCUGUGUUAUGCGCACAUAAUAUGUAUACACUCUUUUUCUACACACACAACCUUCCCCUCCUACAUUCUUUUCAAUCAGUGGCAUCGGCUCCUGUUCAUAUUCCAUGAAGAUAGAGUUGCAGAGAUUUUUGAAAGAAAUAUUGUAUUUUGUUAAAAAGGAAGGAAAUG